UAAUUCUCCUAUUGCAGAAUCAAUUUCUAGCAUGCCUGAUGCUAGGCGUGAAGAGUCGAGUUUCAGCGACUCAACGAGUAAGAAGGAUGAGCUUGGGAUUGAUCGUUAUCAUUCUCAUCUUGAUCGCUGCCUGGUCGCAUAGCACACACGAUUCGUGCUCAUCAGAUGAGCCGUCCUGCAAUGCGGAAAUUGCUAAACCCUGGGCAGUGGAGCCAGUCGUCAUCGGAUUUCUUUUUUGCCGGGUGGACACGCAUACAAGCUUGAAAGCUAAAUUACGUGUUAUGCUGGAGUCGCUGCUCCAGAAAGCAUCUGUCGUUGUGCGUUUCCACGUUUUUGUGUGUGAAGACGGCGGCUAUGAAGCUGCGGUGGGUGUGAUAACUGCAGUUAGUGAUAAACUGGGCAUCGCCGUUCCGGAGAUUUCACGGCAACCUGUUCGUUCACUCUUCGGCUCAAACUUGGAACAAGCAAGAAGUCUUCAGCAAAUGCUGGCCCGUCCCGGAACCUACUACCACGACGAAUUAUUCGUCGUCGCACCUUUCCUUCACAACGUCCAAGGUGUUACUCGGUUGAUUAUGCUCGAUGUGGAUCUGAAAUUCGUCGCGGACAUCGCCGAUCUUCAUGCAGAGUUCCGGAAUUUUUCCGAGAAAUCCGUGAUGGCGUUGGCCCCCGAAUUGAGUCCCGUUUAUUAUCACAUUUUGUACAAUUACCGGAAGAAGCAUCCGGAUUCAAAGUUCGGUUCAACGUCCCCCAAGCAAAUGCAAGGGGUGAAUUCUGGAGUUAUUCUGGUCGAUGUUGAGAAAAUGAGAGAAAGCGAAGAGUACAGGUGGGUAAUGGAACCAGCAAACGUGUCCAGACUUUUGGACACGUACGAGGUCAGGAACAGAACUCAUCUGGGUGACCAAGACUUACUUGCUUUGAUGUCAUUUGAGCAUCCCGAAUUAAUCCACUUUCUCGACUGUGGUUGGAAUCGAGUGCUAUGUGAAUUCUGGCGCUCCGUGUAUCCGAAAAUAUUUGAUGAGUAUUUUUAUUGUGAUAAAAGUGUCAAGAUCUAUCAUGGAAACUGUGGUUCAACAAUUCCUGACUGAAAUUUUAUUAGUUUUUUUUUUUUUUUCGCUGGGGCCACUGAAUUUUGUGAAAUAGAUCAAAUGCGCCGAAAUGAGUUUCGAUGUCGAAUGGUGCCGCAUUUCUGCUCAGACUGAGGAUCUACUUGAAAACGUGUGGGAGCUUGAGCGCCAACCAUUGAAGGUUCUUUGAAUCGCUCAAACUUAUAUUUGAACAGAUUUUUAUGUGUGCUAGGUCUAAAGAAUGAAAACAAAAUGACUAAGUAUCACCACAGCGGUGAAGUCAAUGCAAGUCAAACCACUAACAAAAAUCUGGUUCUCGGGUUGCAAUGCCCUAGAUCCUAGAUUUCCUGAUGUUUUCUGCGUAUUAAAUCGUUGAAGGAUUCUAAGUCUCUGUAGUCGUUGCAGAAAACAUGAAUUACAAGAUUAAAAUUGAACAGAGCACAUCUAGUGUUGAAAUUUCUUGUUUUAGCGUUUCUCACAACUCGCUGUCGUAACGUUUCUCACGUUUUAUUUAUGAGGACAUUAGUCGCCUUGUCCACGGAGUGAAUCGAAGAAAAUCGUUUGGAAACGUUUGUGUGAAUAAGAUGGUGAACGUUUCAAGGGUGGAACGAAUGUGUGAACACAUAACUUCGCGAGAAAUUGCGUUUCAACGCUUGAAACCGUUGUGCAUCGCGCUGUUGCGCAAAAAUGAAGUUCAAGAUGUGGAAGACUUUGAAAAUUUAUUGCGAUGUUUACAUGAAGAGUUGAUCUCUGAAAUCCCGGAAUUUCUCGUGCAUCCAGUACAUGCUGUUCUGAAGAAGUUUUCAGAGUCCAGCAACGAAAAGCUUCAGCUGAAGCUGACGUCUAGCAUAAGAAUAAUUUUCAAUCGUGGGAAGCCCCACGCCGAUGUUCUACGUCCGAGCUCUUUUUGCGCAUUAUAUGAGCAAAUUCUUCUGCUGGCUGUGUGUGUCAACCCUGAAGGUUUAGAAGUGAAGCCCAUCAGUGAAGAAGUGAAAGUCGAUGUUCUUGAAACGCUCGCUGUGAUGCUUGAAGCUGCAAAGAAUGACCUUGUCCAGAGUCUAUUUUCUCGAGAGAACUUCCCGAAAAUAGGAUAUACAGUUGUAGGAAUCGCGAAGAUUCUUGAUACUGAAAAGGUGCGAGAAAUCAGAUUGGCAGCACUUGAACUUCUCAGUGUUGUUUUAUCCCUGGAUACAAGGAUGAAUGAUGUAACGUGGAGCUUCCAGUUGGGGUCCUUGAUUUGCUCUGUAUUCCCUGGCUUAGCGUCGCGUUUGAUGAAAAUGCUGACUGGAUACUCGGAAGAAGGUCGUCGUGUUGUUGGGGCGGCCUUGAAGGCGUGGUCUACUCUCCUCCGGAUUUGCGUGUCUGAUUCCUUCCUUCUUUGGAUUGAAAGUGACGUUGCCAACUUGCCUGAAUGCGUAGUAUUGCCCUACAAGCGGGAUGGAGUAUCAUGUCAAAAUAUUGCCGAGGAAUGGAUCCAGAAGACAAUUGAGAACACGAAUUUCCGUUUGAUUCCUAUGAUCCGAAGUGUUUCAAGACACAACCAUAGCAGUGUUCGACUUAAUCUUGUUGAAGCCAUCUGCUCUUUUGCAACGGAUUGUCCCAGGUGCGCGUCGCCGAACAUGAAAGGAUUAGUCGAAGCGUUGGCUUACCUUUCUGUGGAUGAUGUUAACGACGUUGCAUCGGCUGCGAAGCGAGCGAUGAAAGAAGUUUGUUCAACUAGGGAAAACCUCUUCGGCAUACUUCAGUCUGUUUUCUUGGAGAACCUCGAUUCAUUAAAAAGCGCCAUUCGGAAAUCUUCUCUGCCAAAUGCAUUUCACAAAAGGACGCGCUGUGUGGAAGGGAUUUUGAAAGCGAUGACGCCGGAAGAAAUUGACGUUUUAAUGUGCUCACAUGUUAACGUAGAUAAUUUGAUGUGCUUGCUGCUUGAAAUCAUCGAAUUGGAUCAUUGUCCGCUUACUGAGCAAGAAAUUUCUCCGAUUUCCAGCACCGGAGUGAUAACUUCCAGAGAUGUGAGCGAAUCGCCUAGACUCAAAAUCAACUUCGCAAAUUUCCUUGGUGAAAAAGUUGCGGACGACUGCAAGAGAAUAUUCCAAUUUCUCGGAUCUUCGUCUCAAGCGGCACUGAUUUAUGAUGAGCUAUCGAAAAUUCUCACUUCGCGAACAGCUUGCUUAGAAAGUAGCCCAAAGAAAAAGGAGGUUUUGGUUGCUUUGCAGUGGCUCAUUUCAGGACGAAUCGGGCUCAGUGUUCGACUGGACGAUGAAUACACCCUGAGAAGCAAUUCAGAAUUAAUCAAUAACUUGGUCGAAGACCUGUUGGAAGAGCAAAUUUUGAGCGUUCCAACGUCCAGCGUUGUCAGAAGUUCUGAACGAUCAGAUUCGGUUUACGAUGCAUGUCUCGCUGCUGAAUUACUUGGACUUGCGUCAGCUGUUCUUCGUGAAGACUUUCAAAGCUGUUUGGUAAGAGCCCUGAGUCCACUGCUCGAGCUUCUUUGCCAUCCUGAUAAACUGUUGCGUUGUGCCGCCAAGAGCUCGCUGGGUAUGAUGGCGAAAUCUAUGGGGUUUCCCAACGAAGCCGCUUUCGUUUCACAUAAUGCGGACUACGUUUGCAGUGCACUUAUGAUCAAGUGCUUCAAGUCCCGGGAACAUCUGUCAGCCGGAGUUCUUUACUCUGCUUUGCUGCAGUGUCUUUCGAAAGAAUCGUUGACGCUUGUCACAGGCGUUCUUGAUAAGGCAACUCUACGCUUGAAAUCUCGGGAUGCUCAACGUGAUAUUGCGUUGCUGCACAUGAUGAAGAAUUAUUUGGGCGCGUGUGUGCGGUGGUUUUUAAGUGAUGGCGAAAAGUGUGCUUUGGUCUCCCCAAGACGAGAACGUGAAGAACAUGAGGAGGAUGUUGUUGGGACAAACCCUGGGGCCGAAAACUGUGAUACUGAAGACUCGUGUUUCACUGACCCACCAAAAAAGGUGUUCCCAGUCUACGUAGAGAAGGCCGCCGAAAUCAUGAAAAUAUCCAGUAGAAUCUUGGAAAGCCGUUGCGUGAUUGAAAUCGACAUGGUCGCGUUGCAGACUAUCGGAGAUGCCAUCGCCAUCCUUGAUAACAAGGAUUACGAAGAUGUAUUGUUACCAGCUGCCCACGAAACCUGGCCUGCCUUGGUUCUGCGACUGAAAGACGUCACCCGGAAUUUUGCUUGCACCCGCCGUCUCGCUUUUUUGAGAAUAGUUGAGCUGUGUUGUGCGACUGGAGACUUCUUGAGGAAUCGGUUUCACCAAGAAGCCUGGCCGGUUGUGAAAGCGUUUUUGAUCAAGGAAACGGAUAUUUUGGAACGAUGCGGUCGUCACGUGCUCGUCACGGAUCCCGAUUACAAAUUCUUGCAAGAUUUGCUCUCCUCUUUCGGGAAGCUCGUUCUCAAUCUCAAACCGAGUGUACGUGUGGUGGACAAAGUCAUCUUCACUGUUGCCCGGUUGUUGAACGUAGUUACAGAUGACGACUUCGUGGAACGAGGGGUUGGACUGUUUCGUACCGUUGGAGAAUCGUACCCUGAUGUCGUGUAUUGUGUUCUCGUUCGUGAAUUCCGUUUAAUGGCGAAAGUUGGACACCCGUCUGGAAAAUUCGCCACGCACAUUGUGUGGAGGCCUAGUGACAAGGAGCUUUCUCGCAUCGGAAUCGAGAAAACUAAUCUUAGAGGGAAACUAAUUGGAAUGCUCCAAGAUUUGGGAAUGUGGUGCGUACUGUGAUUCAUUUUUCGCAUGAACUUGUUCCAAAGUUCGCGUGCCGCAUUUAAUUUUUUUUACCCUGCCGAAGUUUAAUAAAAUUGCUGAAUUUUUAUAAACGAAAUUUUUUUCGAUCGUAGAUUUGUCUUUCGUACUGAACCGUGAAGUGGAAC